GACACAUUGCGGCAAACUGGCAAAGUGAGUUUAGUCGUGUUGUGAGGAAUAGGUGUCAUCUUAGAAGUGUCAUUCUCGUGUUGCUACGAUGGCUGAUGAAUAUACCAACGGGGCUCCAGAGAACGGGAAUGUACCGGAGAUUGAAUUGAUCAUCAAGGCAUCAACUAUCGAUGGCCGCCGCAAAGGAGCUUGCCUCUUUUGCCAAGAGUACUUUAUGGACUUGUACCUGCUGGCUGAACUCAAAACCAUUAGUCUCAAGGUGACAACAGUUGACAUGCAGAAACCUCCACCUGACUUCAGGACCAACUUCGAAGCAACACCACCACCAAUCCUUAUUGAUAAUGGUUUGGCUGUAUUGGAAAAUGAAAAGAUUGAACGGCAUAUCAUGAAGAAUGUUCCUGGUGGCCAUAAUUUGUUUGUUCAGGAUAAAGAAGUAGCUACAUUGAUAGAGAACCUCUACAGUAAAUUGAAGCUGAUGCUAAUUAAGAAAGAUUCAACGAGCACCCACAGUCUCCUAUCACAUCUUCGCAAGAUCAAUGACCAUUUGGCUCGUAAGGGUUCUCGCUUCCUCACAGGUGAUACGAUGUGCUGCUUUGACUGUGAACUCAUGCCGCGACUGCAGCAUAUUAGGGUUGCAGGGAAAUACUUUACAGAUUUUGAAAUUCCAAUGGAAUUGACAGCACUGUGGCGCUAUAUGUACCAUAUGUAUCAGUUGGAUGCAUUUACACAGAGCUGCCCAGCUGACCAAGACAUUAUAAAUUACUACAAGCAGCAUAAAGUGGAAACCAAUAAGCCUGGAGCAAUGAAAAUGAAGAAACAUGAAGAGCUAGAAACACCUACAUUUACAACAUCAAUUCCUGCUGAAAUAUCCCUUGAAGAUUAAACCAGAUGCAGUGCAUAGGAAAGUGAAGCAGAAGUUGAUCAGUGCAUUUAUUUAGUAGAACGAAUAAAUUAAGGUGUAGCAGCCAGUGCUGCAGGACAUGAAGUGAACCGUCAAAUGCAUCUUAAUUUUUAUUUUUCUAUGCAUUUACGGCUGUGCAUUUAAGAAUUUUCUACACACCCCGAGAUGCACUAUGCCAUUUUGCUGAAGUUAAGUAAUUUUGCCAUUAACGUAGAGGACAUUUACAGCAAUUGUUAGUUCUAUUGAAUUUCUGAGACAGUGACACGGUAGUGUAUUUGAUAAAUUCGUUCAUGUACUGUGAAUUAAUCAGUUGGCUAUUUCACAAAGCUUUUUUACUUUGUGAAUAUGAAAGGAUUGUCUUACUGACAGUCAAAUAAGGCACCUACAAUUUGAUAUUCAGUUUUUCUCAGUGUUUUAUUCAGUAAUACAAAUUUUUAUUUUGCUGGAAAGCAAUAAAGUUCAUUAUAUUUGUAGAAUUUUAAUAUACAGUAUUUAAGUUGUUUUCCUGUGUGUAUAAAACAUCACAUGUUUUGUGUCAUUGUGUGAACUGUAUUUAAGAACUUUUGUUUCAUUACAUGGAAUCACUAAAAUUUGAGUCCAUUGCUGUUUGAUAAAACAGAAACACAUGAAUUUUAAAUCCAUGUAGUCUACUAUUAAUCAAAUACAUGAACAAUUGAGUCUCUAA